AUGACCUCACUUGCCUCCAGGCCCUCCAUCGUUCACGCCUUCGAGCAGUUCAGGGAGGAGCUCGACGACUACAACGACAGAAGAGAACGUCUCAUAAAGUCUAGCCGCGACAUUACCAAUCUCUCUAAAAAGCUCAUCUUUCUCCUCCAUCGCACCGUCACCGAGGAUGCUAUAGAAACCGACGACCGUGUACUCGGUCUCCGUGCUGCCGCGCGUGCCAAGGGCAAGCUGGCUGAGAUCCAAUCCCUCUUUGCUGCCCUGCGCGGUGAGCUCGCGGGCGACCGUUUCUGGCAUCACCAAAGAAAUAUCUCCCCGGGUGUGCAGGAGUACAUCGAAGCACUCAGCUUCGCCCACUACCUCGAGCACAGGACCUUGAUUUCAUAUGACCAGGUUCAAUCCACCCUUUCCGACUGCGAUGGCAUCCCCUUUUUCCCGUUGUCGCUCGAGGAUUACCUGCUGGGCCUCGCCGACCUCACAGGCGAGCUGAUGCGAUUCGCCAUCGCUGCCAUAUCCAGGCGCGGUGGCAGGCAGAAAGCGAGCGACGUCUGCAGCUUCGUGCGCGCGUGCAAAGCAGAUUUUGAAGGAUUGACGCCGCAUUUCAAAGAACUGCGUAAGAAGCAAUCAGUCACUACCCAAUCCCUGGAGAAAAUUGAAGACGCCGCAUACGCGGUCGUAGUGCGGACGUCAGAAUAUGACAUGCCCCCGGAACUGCUGGAUGAUCUGGUAGCCCAGACACUCUCGCGUGCCGCCGACCACGGUGGCUUCGGAGAAGAGUCGAGACGUAAAAGGCCCAGAGACUCUGACUACGACAUGAACGAUGAUUGA